UGAUCGCGUCAUUUACACGUGCUUUGACGUGCUAUACGUCCCACUGUGGCGAGCAGGGAGUGAAGUAAGACGGCAGGAUGUUGCGGCUUCGCUGUAAGACCAAAAACGGGAGCCACUUGAUGCAUGGCUUGACUCAUCAGUCCUGCGUGCAGGAGCUGAAGCGCAAGGUGGAGGAGCUGACUGGUAUCCCCUGUGAUGUGCAGAAAAUAAUGGUUGGAUACCCACCCUCCAGCCUUGAUCUUCGGAACGGAGAGGCUCACCUCAAGGACUACCCUAUCAAAUCAGGAGACACACUCAUCGUUGAGGAGGAAAAAAACAAGCCAAAGCCUCAGGAUCGUCCCGCUGUGACGAAAGGACCUAACCUCGAAGGUUCACCUAUGCUGGCACGCCGUGUGGUCCCAGCUGAUAACUCCUGCCUCUUCACCAGUGUUUAUUAUGUGGUGGAAGGCGGCGUAUACGACCCCACCUGCGCCCCUGAAAUGAGAGGUCUCAUUGCCCAGAUAGUCUCGAGUGACCCCACAGCUUACUCUGAAGCGGUGCUGGGGAAAACCAAUGAGGAGUACUGCACCUGGAUAAGACGUGAUGACACUUGGGGAGGAGCCAUCGAGGUAUCCAUCAUGUCUAAGUUCUACCAGUGUGAGAUCUGCGUAGUGGAUACUCAGACAGUGCGAGUAGACAGAUUUGGGGAGGAUGCUGGCUACCACAAACGCGUGUUGCUGAUCUAUGAUGGCAUCCACUACGACCCGCUGCAGAAAGAGAUCCCCGGAUCCGACACCCCGCCCCAGACUAUCUUCUCGACUACAGACGACGUAAUCCUGGCCCAGGCCCUCGAGCUGGCAGACGAGGCUCGCCGCAAGCGCCAGUUCACAGACGUUAACCGCUUUGCCUUGCGCUGCAUGGUGUGUCAGACAGGCUUGGUGGGACAAAAGGAAGCUCGUGAGCAUGCCAAGGAGACAGGCCACGCUAAUUUUGGUGAAGUGUGAAAGUCUUGCUGUCUUUUUCCUCUCUCACAAAUACAACAACCACCAACCCCCA